UCCGGCGUUCAUUGUAAAGGCGUUUCUCCACGAGACCGUUUGUCGCCGUUGCCAAGUCGUGCGUCAAACCGUGUCGACGUCACAUAGUCAGUCUUGCAUUAUGGGGCUAAUUACCCGCUACUGGUAUUGCGGAGCGCUGGAGAGAACGUUUCGAGGAAAAGCACCCUAAGUUAGUAGGAAAAGGAUGCGGUGUGCGUUGCACGUCCUGAAGGCUGUACUGGCGACAGAGUAAUGUGAAUAGUGGGCGCGCGGGGGUGGGGUGCUGCGGGCGCGGCGCGGGGUGCGGUAUCGAUGCGGGUGCGCGCGCACGCCCGCGCCCCUCGCGUUCGAUUUUCCCCGUCCGGGCGACAGUGGCGGCGCGUUGCAUAACUGUGUGGCGGCACUCCGCGCGCGAUUCCGCCCCGAGCGCCCGCGAGCGCGCAAAACGCGCACACACGCGACACGUCGUCGUCGCGCCCUUUACGUAACGCGCAACCACCGCGCACCGUAGGCCCUCGGCCGCCGCGCCCGGCGCCCGCUCGAGUUCGUGGAGUGUCGCGUGCAGCGUGCAGUGUGCUGGAGGGACGGCGUGGCCGGAGCACCGCCGGGGCUGGCGCGACAAUUGCGCUGAGGCAGAUGUUGCGCGUGCGCCGCGACCGGAGAGAGGAGCGCGCGCGGCCUGCGGGCGACGCGGCCAUCACCCCGCGCGCCCUCUAGAAACAACCCUACACAACGCACUACAUACGGUCGGUCAUGAAAAAUCUUGCCAAUUUGCUGGCUGUCCCGAUCAGCGAACACGUGGUAAUUUUCAUCUCCUUGGUAGCCGCAGCCACACUGCACGCGUGGACGACAGAGGGGCGGAGCGCCCGUAGGUGGUUGGUGGGAGCACGCGGGCGCAGGGCGCACGGCCGCGCACGGAUCCCCCACCACACACACCCGCCCAUUCACUGUUAGCAGUAGGCAGUUCACUCGAGGGGGAGUUCGAUAGACAAUGUCCGAGGACUUGGACUCGAUCAGCGAGGAAGAACGAAGCUUGUUCCAGCCCUUCACACGAGAAUCAUUGGCCGCUAUCGAAGCCCGCAUAGCUGAGGAGCAUGCCAAGCAAAAGGAACUCGAGAAAAAACGAGCGGAAGGCGAGGUGCGAUACGAUGACGAAGAUGAGGACGAAGGCCCCCAACCGGACGCCACUCUGGAGCAGGGCUUGCCCCUGCCGGUCCGAAUGCAGGGCUCCUUUCCUCUGGAACUUGCCUCCACGCCCCUCGAGGACAUCGACCCUUUCUAUCACAACCAAAGAACCUUCGUAGUUAUAAGCAAGGGUAAAGAUAUCUUCAGAUUUUCUGCAACGAACGCCCUAUGGAUUUUAAACCCAUUUAAUCCAAUAAGAAGAGUGGCGAUAUACAUAUUAGUGCAUCCUCUGUUCUCUUUGUUUAUCAUUACGACAAUCUUAGUGAACUGCAUUCUUAUGAUAAUGCCUACGACACCGACUGUCGAAAGUACUGAAGUUAUCUUUACCGGGAUCUACACGUUUGAAUCGGCGGUGAAAGUAAUGGCCAGGGGUUUCAUACUACAGCCAUUCACAUACCUUAGAGAUGCAUGGAAUUGGCUUGACUUCGUAGUUAUAGCUUUAGCUUAUGUGACGAUGGGAAUAGACUUGGGAAACCUGGCUGCGCUUAGAACGUUCAGGGUACUUCGAGCGUUGAAGACGGUGGCCAUUGUACCCGGCCUGAAGACUAUCGUGGGCGCGGUCAUAGAGUCGGUGAAGAACCUGCGUGACGUGAUCAUCCUCACGAUGUUCUCGCUGUCGGUGUUUGCGCUGAUGGGCCUCCAGAUCUACAUGGGCGUGCUCACGCAGAAGUGCAUCAAGGUGUUUCCCGAAGACGGCUCCUGGGGCAACCUGACUGAUGACAACUGGGACAGGUUCUGCAAAAACGAAACGAACUGGUAUGAGGAAGGCGGAGAAUACCCGCUGUGUGGAAACUCGUCUGGAGCUGGGCAAUGCGAACCGGGCUACGUGUGUCUGCAGGGCUUCGGGCCGAAUCCUAACUACGGCUACACGAGUUUUGACACAUUCGGCUGGGCUUUUCUCUCUGCGUUUCGCCUUAUGACUCAGGACUACUGGGAAAAUCUUUAUCAACUGGUGCUGAGGUCUGCUGGCUCGUGGCACGUGCUGUUCUUCGUGGUGAUCAUCUUCUUGGGCUCGUUCUACCUAGUGAACUUGAUCUUGGCCAUCGUCGCCAUGUCCUACGACGAGUUGCAAAAGAAGGCCGAAGAAGAGGAACAAGCUGAGGAAGAAGCGUUAAGAGAAGCUGAACAAAAGGCAGCCGCGCGGGCAGACAAGCAAGAAGCGCGGGAAGCGCACGCCCGCGAAGUGGCAGCGGCGGCCGAAGCGGCGGCGUAUGCCGAAGCGCACCCAGCUAAAUCACCCAGCGACUUCUCCUGCCAGAGCUACGAGCUGUUCGUGAACCAGGAGCGCGGCAACCAGGACGACAACACGCGCGAGCGCAUGUCCCUCCGUAGCGACCCCUUCCAGGACUCGGUGAGCACUCAGCCGCACGCGCACAAGCCCGCCGAGCACGACGCACGCCGCCCAAGGAAGGUCAGCAUGGUCCCUCACCCUGAACGCAUAAAUAAAUAUGGACAGUUGUCAUAUGGGCCACUGCGCGAAGGCUCACAGGCGUCGUUGUCACUCCCUGGAUCACCGUUCAACUUGCGUCGGGGUUCGAGGGGCUCCCACCAGAUGGCGCUGAGACCGAACGGUCGGCCUCGGUACCCUCCAGGCGCGGACCGCAAGCCCCUGGUGCUGUCCACGUAUUUGGACGCUCAGGAGCAUCUACCAUACGCCGACGACUCGAACGCUGUCACUCCCAUGUCUGAAGAAAACGGUGCUAUCAUCAUUCCAGUCUACUAUGCUAAUUUAGGAUCUCGCCACUCUUCGUACACAUCGCACCAGUCACGUCUGUCAUACACAUCGCACGGGGAUCUGCUGGGUGGCAAGGCGCAAACCAAAGAGGCGCGGCUGCGAGGACGCUCCGCCUCGCGCAACCACAGCGUCACGUCGCAGCCGCACGCGUACCCGAUGCCAAGACAGGACUCGUCGCUCGCCUCAAGGCCACUCAGAGAAUAUGAAAUGAGCACGACCGAGUGUACGGAUGAGGCUGGCAAAGUACUGAAACCAUCGAAUGACAACCCUUUUAUUGAAUCUUCACAACAGCCUAAUGUGGUGGAUAUGAGAGAUGUAAUGGUACUAAAUGAGAUAAUCGAGCAGGCCGGCAGACAGAGCAGGGCGAGCGAGCAAAACGUGUCAGUGUACUACUUCCCAACAGCGGAAGACGAUGAGGAUGGGCCCACGCUCAAGGAGAGACUCUUGGAAUGCCUCAUGAAGGGCAUAGAUUUUUUCUGUGUGUGGGACUGCUGUUGGUUGUGGCUGGAGUUUCAGAAGUAUGUCGCACUGCUUGUGUUCGAUCCUUUCGUGGAACUCUUCAUCACCCUGUGUAUUGUCGUCAACACACUGUUUAUGGCCUUGGAUCAUCACGAUAUGGACAAAGAUAUGGAGAGAGCUCUCAAAAGUGGCAAUUAUUUUUUCACUGCAACUUUCGGUAUAGAAGCGAUGCUGAAACUUAUAGCAAUGAGCCCAAAGUACUAUUUUCAAGAAGGAUGGAAUAUAUUUGAUUUUAUCAUAGUGGCCUUAUCACUUUUAGAAUUGGGACUGGAAGGUGUUCAGGGUUUGUCAGUAUUACGUUCCUUUCGUUUGCUUCGAGUAUUCAAAUUGGCAAAGUCAUGGCCGACACUUAAUUUACUCAUCUCUAUAAUGGGUAGGACAAUGGGUGCCUUGGGCAACCUGACCUUCGUAUUGUGCAUCAUUAUUUUCAUAUUCGCGGUGAUGGGUAUGCAACUGUUCGGAAAAAAUUAUGUCGAUUACGUGGACCGCUUCCCCGACGGAGACCUUCCGAGAUGGAACUUCACGGAUUUCAUGCACAGUUUCAUGAUCGUAUUUCGAGUGUUAUGCGGUGAAUGGAUCGAGAGUAUGUGGGACUGUAUGUUGGUGGGAGAUGUGUCUUGCAUUCCUUUCUUCUUGGCUACAGUCGUCAUUGGAAAUCUUGUGGUGCUUAACCUCUUCUUGGCCCUGUUACUCUCAAAUUUUGGCUCAUCGAGCUUAUCAACUCCAACUGCUGAUCAGGACACGAACAAAAUAGCAGAGGCCUUCAACAGGAUAUCAAGGUUCAUUGACUGGGUGAAACGAAAUGUAGCCGACUUCCUGAAGAUACUGAAAAACAAACUGACCAAUCAAAUAGCGAUACACGCACCCGGCUUAAAGGCGGCUUUAUGCGGCCGCUGUGUCUCCUCAGAACGCGUGGACAACGAGCUAGAACUGGGCACUGACCUCGAUGAUGCAGUCCUGUACAAAGAUAAGAAACUCAAAGAUCAAGUAGAAGUAGCUAUAGGUGAUGGUAUGGAAUUCACAAUACCAGGUGACAAUAAAUAUGAAAAAGGAAAAAUUUUAAUGAAUAAUAUUAAUGCAAUUACGGAUAAUCUUAGAGACAAUCGUUUAGACUGCGAACUGAACCACCAUGGAUAUCCCAUACAGGACGACGAUACAAUAAGUCAAAAGUCAUAUGGUAGCCAUAAGAUUAGAUCAUUUAAAGAUGAAAGUCAUAAAGGCUCUGCAGACACGAUAGAUGGUGAAGAGAAAAAAGAUGCCAGUAAAGAAGAAUUAGGUCUAGAAGAAGAGAUGAUUGAAGAAGAAGAAGAUAAAUUGGAAGGCGAGUUAGGAAAACAAGAUAUUAUUGUAGCAGCUGAUGAAGACGUGGUAGACGAUACUCCCGCAGACUGUUGCCCUGAGCCAUGUUAUGCUAAGUUUCCUUUCCUCGCGGGAGAUGAUGAAUCGCCUUUCUGGCAGGGUUGGGGCAUGUUACGAUUGAAGACUUUCAAACUCAUAGAAAACACUUAUUUUGAAACGGCUGUGAUUACAAUGAUUUUACUUAGUAGCUUGGCCUUGGCUCUAGAAGAUGUACAUUUACCACAUCGGCCGAUUUUGCAAGAUAUUUUAUACUAUAUGGACCGUAUUUUCACUGUCAUAUUUUUCAUCGAGAUGUUGAUCAAGUGGCUGGCUCUCGGGUUCCAAAAGUAUUUCACUAAUGCUUGGUGCUGGCUCGACUUCAUCAUUGUCAUGGUCUCGCUUAUAAACUUCGUAGCGGCGCUUUGUGGCGCCGGUGGCAUUCAGGCGUUCAAAACGAUGCGAACGCUUCGCGCACUUCGACCGCUCAGGGCCAUGAGCCGAAUGCAGGGCAUGAGGGUGGUGGUAAACGCCCUCGUGCAAGCCAUACCUUCCAUCUUCAACGUGCUGCUCGUAUGUCUCAUCUUCUGGCUUAUCUUUGCCAUUAUGGGUGUGCAGCUAUUUGCCGGAAAAUAUUUCAAGUGCGUUGACCUGAAUCACACAACACUAAGUCACGAAAUUAUACCAGACCGAAAUGCAUGUAUCUUGGAAAACUAUACAUGGGAAAAUUCACCGAUGAACUUUGAUCACGUAGGCAAAGCGUACCUCUGUCUGUUCCAAGUAGCUACAUUCAAAGGAUGGAUUCAGAUCAUGAACGAUGCUAUCGAUUCCAGAGAAGUCGGACGUCAGCCAAUUAGAGAAACGAAUAUAUACAUGUAUUUGUAUUUUGUAUUCUUCAUCAUCUUUGGAUCAUUUUUCACACUUAAUCUAUUCAUCGGUGUGAUCAUUGAUAACUUCAACGAACAAAAGAAGAAAGCAGGCGGUAGCUUGGAAAUGUUCAUGACAGAGGAUCAAAAGAAAUAUUAUAAUGCCAUGAAGAAAAUGGGUUCGAAGAAACCCUUAAAAGCUAUUCCAAGACCAAAGUGGCGGCCACAGGCGAUAGUGUUUGAAAUAGUGACAGAUAAGAAAUUUGACAUGAUAAUUAUGUUGUUCAUCGGUUUGAACAUGUUGACGAUGACACUGGACCACUAUCAGCAGUCGGACACUUUCAGCAACGUGCUCGACUACCUCAAUAUGAUAUUUAUAGUAAUAUUUAGUUCAGAGUGCCUGUUGAAAAUAUUCGCUUUGCGAUACCAUUACUUUGUUGAGCCAUGGAAUCUAUUUGAUUUCGUCGUUGUAAUGUUCUCUAUUCUUAGUUUGGUGCUGAGCGAUAUUAUAGAAAAAUAUUUUGUAUCGCCAACUUUGUUGAGAGUAGUAAGAGUAGCUAAAGUCGGUCGAGUACUUCGAUUAGUAAAAGGCGCCAAGGGUAUUCGUACCCUGCUGUUCGCGCUAGCCAUGUCACUGCCAGCUCUAUUUAACAUCUGUCUACUACUUUUCUUAGUCAUGUUCAUCUUCGCUAUAUUCGGCAUGUCAUUCUUCAUGCAUGUCAAGAACAAAGGUGGUCUAGAUGAUGUAUAUAACUUCAAGACCUUUGUGCAAAGUAUGAUCCUAUUAUUUCAAAUGUCAACAUCGGCCGGCUGGGACGGCGUUUUGGAUGGCAUCAUUAAUGAGGAGGAAUGUGAUUUACCGGACAAUGAACGUGGGUACCCGGGCAACUGUGGGUCCGCGACCAUCGGCAUCACAUACCUCCUCUCCUAUCUCGUCAUCUCCUUCCUUAUCGUCAUAAACAUGUACAUCGCCGUUAUCCUCGAAAAUUAUUCGCAGGCGACGGAAGAUGUACAAGAGGGUCUCACAGACGACGACUACGACAUGUACUACGAAAUCUGGCAGCGGUUCGAUCCGGACGGCACGCAGUACAUCCGCUACGACCAGUUGUCCGAUUUCCUGGACGUCCUCGAACCGCCACUGCAGAUUCACAAACCGAACAAAUACAAGAUCAUAUCGAUGGACAUACCGAUAUGUCGCGGCGACAUGAUGUUCUGCGUGGACAUCCUCGACGCACUCACAAAAGACUUCUUCGCCCGAAAGGGGAAUCCGAUCGAGGACCCCGGCGACCUGGAGGUGGGGCGGCCGGACGAGGCGGGCUACGAGCCGGUGUCGUCGACGCUGUGGCGGCAGCGCGAGGAGUACUGCGCGCGGCUGAUCCAACACGCGUGGCGGCGGCACCGGCGCGUGCACGGCGACGGCGAGGGCGACGCGGACGGGGACGGGGAGGCGCCGGGCGGGGCGGAGGGGGGCGCGGGCGCGGACGGCGCGGCCACGGCCGUGCUGCUAGACGCUGUGACGCCCAACGGGCACCGCGUCGUGCUGCAGGCGGCGGCGGCGGCCGCGCGCCCCCCCGACCCCGCGCCGCCGCCCGCGCCCGUCUGACCCGCGCUCGCGCUCGCGCUGUUGCCCGCGCUGGUCGACGACGCGCCGCUGCCGCUGCCCGCACCGCUGCCCGAGCUCCUGAGCCCACCCAAGCGCACUUAAUUAUUUUUUACGCUAGACGUUUCGCAUUGUACAUAAUAUGUAGUGUGUCGGCGGGCCGCGGGCGAGCGCCGCGACGCGCGCCGGUGCGACCGAUGCGCGAGCGCGCCGUUUCUUUCGUGGAACUUGUUCCUUCGCGUUCGGAGAUGUUCGAGGUGACGACCGGAGUGUUUCGUAUUCGUGGCCGAGCUUUUGAGACUGUUUGUUUUGCGACCGACGUUCGCGCGUUCACCGUGUCACGGUUCACAUUAGCACCAGAAAAGUCGUCGUGCCGGCCCGUCCGACGACCGGACGGGUCGAGGACGAACGUACCGUUCUUUUCGUCACUAGUGAAUUAAGUAAGGUAUCGGAUAAAAUUGAGGAAGCUGUGAAAGCUUAUUUUUGUAUUCGAUGAAUAUCACUGUCUAUUCUGUAAAUUCUAAAUCAAAACUUUUUUAGUAUUACGAUGGUUUUUUAACUGCCAAUUGUGAGAUAUCAUUUUCCUUCCCCGAAAUGGUGUCGAACAAUAACAUUGUACCGGUGUGGUUUGAUAGUGGGCCUGAGAGCGAGGUCAAUCGCCCGCCGCCGCGCCGUGUGCACAGCACUGAGCACAGUGUCGUGGUCGGGCACGCGGGGCAGGCCGCAGACGGCAGAGGCCGGCGCCGGCGGCGGGCGCGGGGCUCCGCUCGGCCGCGCCGGAGUGCGAGCGACGCAAUCACAUAAGCUAUUUAAGUUCAGCGCGGGCGCACCCCGCCCGCGGCUUACAGCCAUAAAAUCGAUGUAGCACUCGAUAUUUGGAAUUUGUUCCUUUUAUUUACCAUUGAAACAUGUAACGUCUUCGAUUCGUCCAUCGCAUUCGGACGUUAGUGUAAUCGUAUCUAAUAAACGCUUAGAAAAAAAGCAAUGGCUACGCCGAUUCAUAUCAAUUUUGUCCGUAUAGUUUUUAAUAGUUCCAAUUUUUAAGCCUCUCAGUGUACCGCAAUGAUGACGCCCGCCGCGUCGUCAUUUUCUAUACGAGGUCGGCUCGCCGUCGAUUACCUCGAUAUUAAGAGAGUUUAGAGAAAUUUUUGCAAAGUUAUCUAAGUAAGCUUAACAAAUCAGCUGUGAAAUCGGUACCAGAAUUCACUUCCGUCCUAAUCAGUAUGCAUCAUAGGAAUCGAGCCAUUUUAUGUAACGCGCACUUUCCAUGUACCUAGUUAAUGUAAUCUCCCUUCCCCUGGAUUACAUUAGCUGUGAGCGGGCGCGGCGCCAGAGUUCCCCGGCCGGCGCCGGAUCCGCCCCGCGCCCCGGCACUCUGUAGAUCAACUAGGCCAACUCGACUGCGGGCUAUUGUCAACCAACAUCAUAAUUCCAAUCUCUCUCCAGCCCCGACACGUGGAACUAGCAUUUGUUCUAGCGCGCUAGCUCGUAACUACAUAUUAAGUAGGAUGUAUGUUCAGUAUGUACAAAUUCGCUGUUCCAGGUGUCGGAACAUUAUGGAGACCCUCGACUGAAAGAAUUUUCGUGGGCGUCAACUAUACUGCUUGAUUUCCAAGUUGAUCUACCGACCGUGUCGGCUGCGCGACGCGAAUAUACCUUUUAUCUAAUAAAUGUGAGCGGGCUGGUACUGCUUCGAAUAAUAUUGCUCUUGCAGAAUACAUUGUAAUGUAACGCAUCUUUUACAACGUUCAACCGUUCGGCUACAUGAACAGAUCACCGUAUUUAGCAAUAAGAUUAUUUAUAUACCUAAGUGAUCGAACGUCCCUUACCGAGUAAGGUAGAUAUUACGAAGUGUUUUUAUUUUUCGAUACCAUCUCUUCAGGGCGUCGACGGUGGAGUUCGCCCCGAGCUCUGUCGGUCGGCGUCGUCUUUUUCUAGCACAACAAAGUCAUUAAAUUUUGUAAUUGUAACUUUGGAAGUGGUCAAUUUUCUACUUACUCUGUAAAUAUUGAGAGCUUGCCGCGCCGGGUAGAUCCCACAACGCACGUCGCAACACGUCAUAAAUAAUCUAUCAUCUCUACUAUCUAUCGACAUCAGCGAUACAUAAUAAGCUUGAAGCAAUAACGUUAACGUGUGCUCGACGAAAGGUUUCGCUUUUUAUCGUAUGGAACAUGUCACCUAAUAGUUGUGUGUCGGUUGUUUUCAAUUCGUUUACAUACAAAAAUGUGAAAAUAAACUAAAAAGUAUAAUUCAAUGAAGUGCAAGACAAUCUAAAUGUUGCAAAGUUUAAAGAGUCGGUGUAUUUAAACUAAAUGAGACGCUUACCGUUUUGCACAUAUUUUGCAAUAAUUAUGGUUACAGAUAAUGAUUAUGUAGAUAAUUUUAUAUUAUAAAUGUGCGGGGUGUGUGCAAGAGAGCUUCCCCAUCCCUCGCACACUCUCCGCGCGCCCGCCUUGAAACGUCGCCGUCGCGUGACGUCACUCAUCGGUUCGUUCGCUUGUGUUCACUUUAUUUACAUUGUCGAUUUAAUAAAGCCGUUGGAACGGUUUAAGCUCAUAAGGAAGCCUAUGGAAAGAUUACCUAAAUAUAAUAAUUUAAAACAAAAUUAUGGAAAACAUUAUAUGCCAUUAGACGCAAUCACAGAACACAGAAAGACCAUUUUCUGUGUUCUGUGGACGCAAUGGAUCUUGCGACCGAGACAGUCCAAACGAAAUUGUUUAUAUACUAGCUCUAAGUCGGUAUAAUAAGAGAUGUUUAAAUGAAAAUAAUUAUAUUUUCUAAGAGACCCAAAAGAGAACUUACCUAAAAGUAUUAAAAUUGCUAUUUAAAGAGUUUAUAUAAGUACAAAAAAUAACAGUUGGUGUGUAUUGUAAAUGGGACGAGUAGUUCGGUUAUACGAUGAGCUUGAACCGUUCCACUAAUGUUAAACAAACGGUGGAGAAUUUAAAAAUUUUGUUGGUCAAACCAAAAAUUUUACUACUAUCAGGCAUAUUUGCACAAAGAAGUUGUGUUUAAUUAAGUUUAGACAAUAAGUUAUAAUGUCAUUGUAUUAUUUAUUUAACUAUACUUAUGAAAAAAGUGAGUUCAGUUUGCUGAGUGAUAGAGGUUUAAUUGAGUAUUUAUUAUAUAUAUUGUUGAAGUUUGUACAAAAUAAAUUAAGUAAACGAUAAAAUAUAGAACUUGACUGCUUUAA